UCCGCCUUCGGUGACAAAAGUGUGUUAACAGUAACCAGCUUGAUAGUUAAAUGUGGAACUUCUACGGAAACAUUCUGUAUAACAUUUUUCACUGACAUUUUUUUAUUAAGUAUCCUGUGCAAAGCUUUUUAAUAGAACCAUGACCGAGAUUACAACAAUAUCUUAUCCAUCAUCUAACAAAAGAUAUGCAGUAAACGUUGCUAAUGGUAACACUACAGAGAGGGAAACCGAGUCCAAUGAGUCGCCAACCAAAAACGAUACCCGAAAUCGACCCGAGUGGUCCAACAAGCUCGAAUUUCUUAUGUCAUGUAUUUCGAUGUCCGUUGGCCUAGGAAACGUGUGGCGGUUCCCGUUUACCGCGUACGAAAAUGGGGGUGGAGCGUUUUUAAUUCCCUACCUCAUCGUGUUAUUUGUCAUUGGUCGCCCUUUGUACUACAUGGAAAUGACUCUGGGACAAUUUACAAGCAGAAGUUCGGUGAAAAUUUGGGAGAUUUCACCGCUCUUCAAAGGAAUUGGCAUUGGACAGCUUGUUGGCACUGCUUCUGUGGUUAGCUACUAUGUGUCAUUAAUUGCAAUUACCUUGUAUUAUAUUUUUACAUCAUUUGCAUCGGAGUUACCAUGGGCCAAAUGUGAAGAAUCCUGGGGAAACACCUGUGUAGACUCGGCCACAAUCGCCAACGGAAUGAAGGAUAAGAACAUUUCAAUAGGACAGAGUGUGAGCAGUUCACAGAUAUAUUUCUUAGAUAUCGUACUAAGAGAGAAAGAAAGCAUCGACGACGGCAUCGGCGCGCCAGACUGGAAGCUCACACUCUGGCUAUUGCUGGCAUGGAUUAUUAUCUUCUUGGUGCUCGUGCGUGGUGUGAAAAGCUCCGGGAAGGCUGCCUACUUUUUGGCGAUAUUUCCCUAUGUCGUGAUGAUAAUCAUCCUGAUUCGUGCACUUACGCUUGAAGGAGCCAUCGAUGGAGUGAUAUUCUUCAUCAAACCGCAAUGGGGCGAAUUACUCAAUCCAAAGGUGUGGAAGGAAGCAGUGGUUCAGUGCUUUUUCUCACUAGCAGUUGGAAUGGGACCGGUCAUUAUGUACUCCUCGUAUAAUAAUUUCAAACACGACUCCUAUAGAGAUGCAAUGAUCGUGACAACACUGGAUACUUUUACUAGUUUAUUAGGAGGCAUAACGAUUUUCAGUAUCCUGGGAAAUCUCGCACACAAUCUGGGAAUCGAGGAUAUUUCCAAAGUAGUCAAAAGCGGCACUGGCCUAGCGUUUAUCUCGUAUCCAGACGCAAUCGCAAAAUUUGAUGUUGUUCCACAGCUCUUCUCAGUACUGUUCUUCUUCAUGUUAUUCGUCCUAGGUGUAGGAUCGGCAGUCGCUCUACAAAGCUCGAUAAUCACUGCAUUUUGGGAUUCCUUCCCAAAACAGAAGUAUUGGCAUAUUGCGCUAAUUUUAUCUUGCGUUGGUUUUUGCACGGGCUUGGUGUACAUUACUCCGGGAGGUCAGUGGAUACUGGACCUGGUCGAUCAUUACGGAGGAACGUUCCUAAUCUAUGUCUUGGCUAUAGUAGAAAUGAUAGUCAUCUUCUGGAUAUAUGGGCUGCAAGACUGGUGCAGUGAUUUGGAGUUUAUGGUGCAGCGUCGAGUUGGGAUUUACUGGCGACUGUGUUGGGGACUAAUAACGCCACUUUUCAUGAUUGCCGUUUUUAUCUACUCACUGGUUGAAUACAAAUGGCCUACAUACAGUGGCAAACAAUAUCCUAAUGAUGCUUUGAUUUGCGGCAUUAUCGUGUUUGCAUUCGGUUUUUCACAAGUGCUAAUUUGGGCAACCUGGACUGUGACUGAGGAUUCUACACAAACGUCACUGUGGACGAAAAUCACGAGCGCAGCUAAACCGAGCUCACAGUGGGGUCCGUCUGCAGAGCACACGCGGAAAGCCUGGUUGAAAUACAAAGAAGAAAGUAAAAACAGACGUGAAGAUAUAAUUUAUGCCAAAAAUCAUUCAUCGAUUGUUAGGAAAUUGUAUGUGCUAUUUGGAUUGUACGACGAUUUUAUUCAACUGGAUAAUACAAGACUUUGAAUUGAUUGGGUGAACUGCAUAAUGAUUCACAGAUAGGUAUCCAUGUAUAGACUAUCA